AUGGACCCAACGCAACGGGGGCCGAGGCGCACAGAGAAUCUGGCAACUACCGUGUCGUCAGACGUGGCAUCUUGCGAUAUAUCGGAAAAUUUGCUCUCACAAGCUCCUGAAAAAGGCCAAACACGGAACGACGAUGCCGGCGAAGACUUGAUUGGGAAAACUUCAGAGAUGCUGCAAGCAUCAUCCAAACAGGAAGGAGAAAAUAGAGAUGGUGAUCAAUAUUCUGCCUAUGCGGUGUGGCAGAAGCGCUUGAUUGUGUCUCUUGGUGCUUCCGUAGGUUGGUUCUCCACGUCGAGCAGCUUCAUCUUCUUCCCCAUCAUCCCGUUCCUCGCCAGAGACCUCCGCGAAAGCACAGAGCGUAUCAACCUUACAGUGACUUCGUAUUUGGUUGCCUCUGGCGUGUUUCCUUCUAUUGUCGCUGGUCUAUCGGACGUAUAUGGACGCAAGCCGGUCUUCGUCACUGCGCUUGGGGCGUACGUCGCGGUGAAUAUCGGCCUGGCGCUGCAGCGCUCCUUCGCCGUGUUGCUCGGCCUGCGGUUGCUACAGGCUGCCGCAAUAUCCGCCUCCUUUGCGUUUUCAUAUGGAGUGCUCGGGGACAUUACCACUUCUACUGAAAGAGGAGAAUACAUUGGUCUCAUGUCCAUCUUUCUCAACACACCGGCCAGUGUUGCACCCCUCAUCAGUGGCUUGCUGCUGAUUCGAUGGAGCUGGCCAGCGACAUUCUGGUUCCUGGCCAUUGCCUCUGGGACCAUUCUCCUCGCUAUUGUCUUCUUCUUCCCAGAGACGUGUCGAAACGUGGCUGGAGACGGAACCCGUGGUACUAAAUGGCAGCACAGUGUCAUAAUUCCAUGGCUAGAACCACCAAGGUCACGAGAGCCUGCCAAAUCCUCUACAGCAGACGAGGAUGCGAAAAAGACAGUUGCCAGAAAGAUAAUAACGCCUUUGGAUCUCUUGAAAAUCUUCAGAAAUCGAGCGACGACGAUUUCGAUUGUUUGUUACGGUAUAUUUUACGCCAUGUACUCUUGUCUACAGGCUUCUCUGUCGACCAUCUUUGUGGACCAGUACGGGGUCUCUGGGCUCACAACGGGCUUGCUGUACCUGCCUUUUGGCAUCGCCACGAUAUUUGCAUCGGUAUUGACAGGGAUGCUCAUGGAUAGAGAAUAUGCAAAGGUGGCCAAACGUCUGGGUUUAGACCCGGAUAAGCGUCGUCAACACGACCUGACAGACUUUCCCAUUGAGCGCGUGAGGCUCAGCCUGUCCAAGUACGCCGUCGUUCUUUGCGUGCCUUGUAUUGUUGGGUAUGGAUGGGCACUACAGCACCACGCACACAUGGCGGUCCCGCUCGUCCUGCAGUUUUGCAUCGGCUUUACGAAUCAGGUCAACUUUACAACGCUAAACGGGCUGAUAACGGACUUGCACCCAGACAGGUCGGCGACGGUGCAGGCAGCCUGCAACCUGUUUCGGUGCGAGUUUGCGGCGGGCAUGCUGGCGCUGCUGGACGUGAUGCUGCGCAAGCUGCGGCCAGGGUGGUGCUUCACGGUGAUUGCGAUUAUGCAAGCCAUAGCCUUUCCGGCACUGUGGGCGGUGGAGAGGAAUGCGAGGAUGGAUAUGAUCAAAAAGCAUCAGGCAUCGAGGCUGCAGGGGUCGGUAGAGGCCGACUAG